CACCGGCGUUAGUCAGUCAGAGAGACCCAAAGUGGCAUAGUUCCCUUCCCUGAGAGAGAAAAGAACAAAGCCUUCGCCUCGCUGAUUCGCUCUGUUUUAUCUGUAAAUCGCCAUGGGUAUCAAGGUCUUAACGAAGCUUUUAGCCGACAAUGCGCCAAGUUGUAUGAAAGAACAAAAAUUUGAGAGCUAUUUCGGUCGGAAAAUCGCCGUCGAUGCUAGCAUGAGCAUUUACCAAUUCCUCAUUGUGGUAGGGAGAACUGGGACUGAAAUGCUCACUAAUGAAGCUGGUGAAGUCACUAGCCAUUUACAAGGGAUGUUUAAUCGAACGAUUCGUCUUCUAGAAGCUGGGAUUAAGCCUGUAUAUGUUUUCGAUGGAAAGCCCCCGGAGUUAAAGAGACAAGAACUGGCAAAACGUUAUUCCAAGAGAGCUGAUGCAACUGCAGAUUUGACUGGUGCGAUUGAGGCAAGAAACAAGGAGGACAUUGAGAAGUACAGCAAACGGACUGUGAAGGUGACAAAACAGCACAAUGACGACUGCAAAAGACUCUUGAGACUCAUGGGGGUGCCCGUUGUUGAGGCCACUUCCGAAGCUGAAGCGCAAUGUGCUGCACUUUGCAAGUCAGGAAAGGUUUAUGGUGUGGCUUCUGAAGAUAUGGAUUCCUUGACUUUUGGAGCUCCUAAGUUUCUUCGCCACCUGAUGGAUCCUAGCUCCAGAAAGAUCCCUGUCAUGGAAUUUGAAGUUGCUAAGAUUUUAGAAGAGCUUCAACUUACCAUGGAUCAGUUCAUCGACUUGUGCAUAUUGUCAGGGUGUGACUAUUGUGACAGCAUCCGAGGUAUCGGAGGGCAGACUGCCCUAAAGCUCAUUCGCCAGCAUGGAUCUAUUGAGACCAUACUUGAAAAUAUAAACAAAGAAAGGUAUCAAAUACCCGAGGAAUGGCCAUAUAAUGAAGCUCGGAGACUUUUCAAAGAACCUGAUGUCUUAACAGAUGAAGAGCAGCUUGAUAUUAAGUGGACCUCUCCAGAUGAAGAGGGUAUAGUUCAGUUUUUGGUGAAUGAAAAUGGAUUCAACAUAGAUAGGGUAACCAAGGCCAUAGAGAAAAUUAAAACUGCGAAGAACAAAUCGUCCCAGGGCAGGCUGGAGUCAUUUUUCAAGCCAGUUGCUAACUCAUCCGUGCCUGCUAAGAGAAAGGAGAUCCCAGAGAGUACCACUAAAGGAGCAGCAAAUAAGAAAACCAAGGGAGGUGGUGGAAGGAAGAAGAAGUAAAUCACAGUUCCAGUUGUUCUAAGGCUGUAUAAGUUAGUUCUGCUGCAAAGAUCUCGAGAGAAGAUUAUUAAAACUUUGAUGGUUUUCCUAGGGCUAAGUAGUCUUUGUGCCUUUUGUUUUACAAUGUUUCCGUAACCUUGGUUAGUCUAUGCUUCCUCAAUGGUAGAAAAUUAGUAAGGUCUGGACUUCUUUUCAUUGUGGUUUCGGUGAUGGCAUGAUCAUGAAUUUGCUUUUGACAAGGAAAAUGCUUGUGCGUGUGUAUUCGAAA